GCACGUACUAAACUAAACAAUUUGCCUAUUUUUUAAAACAUUUUGUGUCCUUUUGGCAUGCCGUAGUUAUUUGACGAAAUAAAAAAAAUCUUAUGCUAACUCAAAUAAGAAAAGCUGAGUAGCGGUGCGAAAAAAAGAAAAAUCACUAAACUCAAACUAGCUAAAUCCGAGGAGGUUAUAAAUAGUACCCCAAAACUCACUAAACUCUUUAAAAGUCAGUGUCAGAAGAAUGAAAAGUUAGGAAGAGCCACAUGAGUCAGAGGAGCAAGCAGAGAGCAGCGAGUCGGUUAGCGCUGAGUGCACAGCCACUACAGCAGAGGAGAAAAACGAGAGCCAGCCAUUGAACUGCCAAUUUAAGGCGAGAGAAACUUACAAAACAGAUAAUGCUAUUGCUAGCUCUGAUACGGCAUGUUGGGGUCCGAUAACUGAGGAGGUGAGGUCGCACUAGGUGAGCAAGUGUCCCCUUAUUUGCCAGUAAGACAGUACUUUUUCCGCCUCAGAGAGAAUUUAAUGAAUUACUGAAUUUAAUGACUCAAUCAUUUAACUCUCAUGUUCACUGAACAUGACCUGCUUCGCCAACUGGACUUCACGGACAUUAGUAAGGAAUUAUUUUUUAAGUUUUAAGGCAAGAAAGCAUAAGAUCUAGCAAUGGUGUUCCAGGAGCUGUGGAAGGGAGCUGGGAGCCAGAUUGUCCAGAAACUGGAUCUGGCACUGCUCCAGGACCACAGCACACUGGAGCAGAUCUGCAGUACUGUCAUUAACAGGCCCCAGGAUGAGGUUAGAGCAAUCAGAGGAAGAAACAAGAAGAUCCUCAACAAGCUGAUUGGGCUGGUUCAGAGAGCUGAAGUGUACAAUACUGGAAGAGAAAAUCACCAAGCUGCUAUUGAGAGGGCACUUUUAUCAACUGGCUAUAAGCUGCUUAAAAUCUGUGGAUAUUUAUGCAUUGCCAUACAUGCUUGUGCGUGUUCUUGUCCGACGUUCUAUAAUCCUAUUCCUAAAUAAAGCAUAUGUUUGUUUUUUAAUUCAGCA